AUGUUUUAUUAUCGACAACUAAUUUUAAUUAAUUUUUUUCUCGUGUAUUUAUCAGCAUCAUCUCAACACUCAGGUCAUUUAAAACCAUUUGGUUCAUCGGGUCCUUUUGAACAAAUUGAUAAAUUAACAAACGAUUUUCCUGAUCCAAUAUUAUUUUUUGAAAAUUAUGCUUUUAAAUCACAUCCUGUUCUUUUUCGACAAGUAUUAGCUAAUGAUCUUUAUUUAUCUCUAUGGAAUAAAGAUAAAAAAUUAAAGAAAUUAUUUUUAAAUAAUAAAGAAAUUGUUCAUGUUGAAACACGAAAAAAAGAAAGUCGAAAACAAAAUAUUUUAACGAUGACUAUGACUGAUUUUUUAAAACGAUAUCAAUCGGAAGAACUUUAUCUUGUUGAAGAAGUACCAAAAUUAGUAAGACCAUAUUUUACAUUACCUAAAUGUCUUCAAUGUGAACCCGCUAUAGAAACAUUUCAAGUUGCUAUGCUGUGGUUUAGUUCAGGCAAUACAUCAUCAGUUGUACAUACAGAUGAUUAUGAUAAUAUUAAUUGUGUUUUACAAGGUGAAAAACAAUUUAUUCUUAUCGAUCCUCAUACAUACAAACACGUUGCUUCACAGAUUAUUGACAAUCCUAGUGGUUCAUUUUCAUCAAUAGAUGUUGAUCGUGUUAAUUAUGAUAAAUAUUCUUCUCUCGAUAAUGAUAUUCAUUAUUAUCAAAUGAAUUUAAGUCGAGGUGAUUGUCUAUUUAUUCCUGCAUUAUGGAUUCAUCAAGUUCGUUCAAGUGAUCGUAAUAUAGCGGUAAAUUAUUGGCUUAAUCAUGCACGCGUUAAGAAUGCUGUUAUUAAUCAAAAUACUUGUGAAUUAUUAAAGCAGUCGAAUUUAAUGACACUUGAUACAAUAACAUGGCCAAAAGAGUUAUCAAAUCUUGAAGGUUUACAAGAUUUUAUGUUUGAUCUUAUUGAUGAAGGUGCAACAAGUUUUAAAGACUGGACAAGAGAAUUUUCAAAAGAUCUUAAUUUUGAUCUGCAUUCUAAUACGGGUAUAAUUACAUUAUUUGCAGAGUUUUUUAAUAUGAUUGAUACAAAUGAAAAUGGUUUUAUAACCGUUAACGAACUUGAACUACUUUUAGAUGAUAAUAAUAAUAUGACAGCAGCUUUUGAAAUUCUUCAAGAUAUAGUUAAUUUAAUCGAAAUAAAAUCAGGCAAAGAUGUACAAUCAAAUAAUCAAAAUAUAGAUGAACUAUUAUCCGGUGACGAAACUGAAAAAGAUGAUGACAUUAAUCUUAAACAUGAAGAUUUAUAA